AUGGAAGCUCCGGAAGCGAAGUGCUGGGAGGGAGAUGCUAGACGAGGGGAGCCCGCUGGGAUAAGAAUACUGGACUACUUUGCUCCUACACCAGCAAUGGCUGUGGACAUAGCCAUGCAGCUGUAUCUGUGUUCUCCACCCUUGAGAAAAGAGAGAUUUGCUUGUAAAAUCGCUCCAAAGCCAAACAAACCAUUACGUCCCUGCAUUCAGAACAGCAAGGCUGAGUUCAGUGAACCUGGAGAGGCAGCAACAUCUCUCCAGGGAAAUAGGGUGAAAAAGAGAGUUUCUUUUGCCGAUAGCAGAGGCUUGGCUCUGACAAUGGUUAAAGUGUUUUCAGAGUUUGAUGACCCGUUAGAUAUUCCAUUCAACAUCACAGAGUUAAUAGACAAUAUUGUGGGUCUGACGACAGUAGAGAGGGACAACUUUGUCUUGGAUUUCGUACAGCCUUCUGCAGACUACUUGGACUUCAGAAAUCGCCUUCAGACAGAUUUUGUCUGCCUGGAAAACUGCAUGCUAAAGGAUAAAGCUAUUGUGGGCACAGUGAAGGUUAAGAAUCUUGCUUUUGAGAAGACUGUGAGAAUAAGGAUGACAUUCGACACUUGGAAAAGCUUCACAGACUAUCCGUGCCAAUAUGUCAAGGACACUUAUGCAGGUUCAGACAAGGACACGUUUUCCUUUGAUAUCUGCUUGCCAGAGAGAAUUCAGUCCCAUGAAAGAAUCGAGUUUGCAGUCUAUUACGAGUGUGAUGGGAAAGUGUAUUGGGACAGCAACAGAGGCCUGAAUUACAGGAUCAUACAGUCUGAACUGAAAUCUGCUCGGGAAGUCUCGCAGCCUCAGGCUGGACCUGAUUUUGGCAUUGCCUUCGAUCAGUUUGGAAGUCCGAGGUGCUCCUAUGGCUUGUUUCCUGAGUGGCCUAGCUAUUCAGGGUAUGAAAAGCUAGGGCCUUACUACUAA